CUUUCUCAAUUGCGGAAGUUAAGUCCUACUUGCAGUUUGCAAAAGCUAAAAUGUUAUGAUAAUGAAAUUACACAUAUUUUGCGACACAAAAUACUACGCAUAAGGCUGAUAUGAAUCAUGUAAUUUUAUUUGCUCCAUAUGCAGACUUCGCAUUAUAAGUAAACGAUGAAGCGAUGAGAAGUCAGCGGUUUGCUUUUAGUGCAGUGUCAUUUAUGCAUUAUUCGAAAAAAGGAAGUAAAUUUUACACCAGGCUACGGGUCCGCGAAGAGCGGCGUCCAUUACUGUCUGGCAUUAUGUAACCGGCAUGUGAGUGCCAUCUUCAGUUCAUUAUGAGUAUGAAUAACAUCAUAAAGCAGGGGUACUUAAAGAAAGCUCACCCCACAUCACCAUCUUCAACAGGGGCUAGUUUUGCCACCAGCAUAAAACAGUUGUUUGAGCCCCAGAGAUGGUAUGUUUUUGGAAUGAAGAAUGGGAUUCCACACCUAGAGUAUUACGACAAAGAAGAGAGUGCAUUCUCAGGGGAGCCAAUCCACUCUUACUGCAUGGCUAACUGUAAGCGCAUCACGUACACCAUGGGACGGCUGAAUAAGGUCUGGACAUUUUGUAUCUUCUUAGAGGACCGAAUUCUGGAACUUACAGCAGAAUCUAGGGAUAGUAUGCUGGCAUGGUGCAGGAUUUUAGAAAGAACACUUCAUGCAUUUGGAAACCUAAGGAAAACUAGUAGUGAACAUGUAUACAGUGCCUACCCUAUCAGAAGACCCCCCAAAAAGAGCCUACCUGUGACACCUCCAGGAUCUCCCCAGCCCCAGGGGGCUGAGGCUCCCCCUCUCCCUACAAGUAACCAUGGUACCAAAGAAGAAAGUGACAAAGAAGAAAUAUUUGAGAGUCAGAGGAGUUUGAUGAACUCAUUACGUAACUCAGGUAAUUUACAGAAUGCCUCAGCGGGUCUGAGAGAAUCUAUUAUCCUGGCUAUGCGUAACUCGUCCAAUUCUGAUGAUGGUGUCUGCCAGUCUCUCCCCGAGGACGACGUAAGUCAGUCCUUGGAGGAAGAUAAGGGAGCAGAUGGAGAUAUAGACAGCGACCCAGAGUAUAGCGAUGCAGCCUGGACUAAGGGGACUAUAGAGUUUGACACAGAAGAUUCCAAUCAAGAGGGUGUUGGUUUGGAGAUUCGUAGAGGAAGACAUCGUACCAAUUCCGAUUCUAGUGGCAGUGAACCCGACACAACUGGUGACGAGGACUUUGUGGCGGAAGAUUUCUUUGUUAACAAUAAAAAGCUACAGAAAUCUCCAGCAGUUCAUAGACGAUUUAGAGACGAUUUGGGGAUAAAGAAAAGGCCCACACCACAACCAGUGCGUCCCCUCUCCAUGAUUAACUAUCCACCAUCACAAAACAUUUAUGAAAAUGAAAAUCUCGAUUUCGUGUUGGAUCCAAGGCUGCAGGACCAGUUUCAUGGAGAUGUCGUCAGAAAUAAAGAAAUACCGCCAGCUCAACCACUUACGAAAGACAAUAACUACAGCUUUGUACGUCGACAAAGGCUGUGCAGCGGCGAUACAUCCUCCAAACCAGAAACUGAUGGCGAUAACUAUGAACUUGCAAGAAAUCCAUUUACUGAAGAAUUUAGAAUUCCCGAGAGACCACCUAGUGAUCCAUAUUUAGACAUGUGUGACGCGGACAGAAGUAGGACUCUUACCAAACCUUCAUCUAACGUACAUCAGCUAGAUGACGGUUAUCAAGUGAUUAGAUCUGAAGAUGGUGAAUCAAAGUUGGUUGAUUAUGAAGAUAUGACUGCUGAUAUGAAGGAUUUACGAGUGUUUUUGCCCCCUUGUGAUGAGAAGAAACGCCAAAGUGGUCUUAGUGAUGCAAGUACACCUACUAGUAAAGAGAGUGGAAGUGUGUUCCUAGGAUCAAGAGAUUCAUCCUCCAAAGAGGACAACUUAUAUGCUCCAUUCCCAGUGUCACUUGAUUCCCAGGGUUCCACAGCUAAUGUGGAAGACAUUCCUAGUGUGCCCCCUCCACGGACUAGUGGCACUGAAUCACCCAAAUGUUCUAGUCCAGACAAACCACCACGCCACAAAAAAGGCUCUAGUGUGGUAUCCCCUCCACACUCAAACAGAAAUUCGCGAGAAUCUGACUCUCCACGAGUGGCCAGUCCUGUUCCUCCUCCAUUAGAUUCUAUACCAAGCAGAAAAACUCCACAAGACAUACCAAUGCCAGAUAACAUGCCGAGCAGUGUCCUCCCUCUCAGAUUUGGAGAAUUCGUACCAGGUCUAUCCAAUUUUUCACGCCCGGAUGAUCCGGAUAAAGGCAAUUUCUACUCUGUACAACCUGUUCCACCUAAACGGAGAAAUGUUCCUCCUCCAACUGAUUAUGCAUACGUGACCCCAAAACCUGAGGACAAAGGCUUAAUUCCCGAACUCCCUCCUCCCCGCAGACAACCAUCCAACAUUCCGGUGGGUAAAGGGCUAAAUUCUCCACCACAACAAUCGUUUAAAUUCAAACCAGGCCUUUCAGAACCAGGGCUAGAGAACCACAGUGACAGCAAUGAUGAAUAUGAAGAUGCGACAAUGAUGAAUGGUCAGCCCCCAAGACCCCCACCUAGGAGGUCCAACCUAAAAAAUUCUAAAAGUUAUACUUCUGAGGAAAAGACAAAUGUUACAAGAGAUGACAUGCCAAUAAGACCAAAGAGUUCAGUGGUGAGACAGCAGUCCCUACAGGAACGCCAGAGGAUCAGUCAGACAGUGGGGGUUAUCAAUGUGGUCCCCCUCAAACAGAGCCAGGUGGAGCUCCUACAACAGGAGCAGAGACACCCCUUCAUCAACAUUACCAUCAACAGGGCCUGGGGAACAAAGAUUGGACUUGUUGACUGCUUUGACAAAGUCUGGGUUGCAGGAUGGGACAUGAAGACAUGUCCUCGAUUAAGUGACAAAUUACACAUAGGAGACCAGUUACUGAAAAUAAAUGACAAAAAAGUCAAAAACAGUGCAGAUGCCCAGCGGAUGUACAAGAGUGGUGAGGAAACUGUUGUUCUGACAGUCCAUAGAUUGCCCUAUGCACAGGUUAUAGCCAUUCAUCGACAGGAAAACAAACAACCGAUUGGAAUCCAGAGAGAGGGGGGAACAUCGAAGAUAGUGUAUGUGGAUCCUAAUGGUUUAGCAGCACACCAUGGACUCCAGCAACGGGCACGCUCUGUGCUCGUGGGCAGCGAUUUUUGCUACUGGUGCCUGACGGAGAUCAACAGCCGUCCCCUUGAUUUGUCCUUUAAGGGGAAUGAGGUCGGUCAAUCGGGAGAGGGCCUGAUUGAUCAUUUGUUGAAUGCUGUGGGAAGGGAUAUCUCCAUUGUUGUCCAGCCGGAAGAUUUUGUCAAAGAAUUAAAGAAGCAGUUGAAGAAGCUUAAAAACUACAAAGAUCUGUUAAUGAAGUAUUAGGUCUACUGAAAGUUUGAAUUCCAAAGACAAUGUUUAUCUGUAAUUUGCCAUUGCUUUCCAUAUUAAUAUUUGUCAUAUGUGAUAUGACUGUGUGUAUUAAUUAACUAUCUUAGUGCUACUCCUGUAAUGAAAAUUUUGGUUGCAAUGUUUCUUAUGAAAUGUUCUGUUCUUUUUCAUUCUGUAUUAGUGCUGAAAGACAUGUGAUGUAGAUUUUUAAUGUAGAUGUACUAUUUAUAAAUAGCUUAGACUUUAGUUAUUAGAAUAGAAAGACUAAAAUAGAAUAGAUACAUUGACCAUAGAGAUUUAGAUGGCUUGUGCACAAUAAUUCUGAUUCAUAGUGUAUGUAGUACAUAUUUUUGUAUUGUUUAUUGAGAACUUGACAAAGAUAAUUCCAAGUAGCAAAGAAAAUACUUUUCUUUAUGUUUUUGUCCAUUAAAAAUGAUUCCAGAAUUACCAUAUGAUUGCUAUAUUGGUGAGUUAAUAUGAUACAGUGUAAAAAUAAAAUCAGAUAUUGUUUGAUGAUGUGUGAUUCAAGGCAAGGUGAUCUACAAUUUUAGCCAUAACUUUUGUAACUCUACAAAUUUACUGUAAGUGUUUUAAUGUUAACCAUGGGUGCUAUAGAUGUUUCUUUAGUCUAACAAAUUACAAUGUAAUAUUGAUCUAUAUUGUAAUGCAGCCAUAAUAUUUCUGAGUUACAUUUUUUUCACUUUUUUGUGACCAAUCAUGACAUAUUUCAUUAUUACGUGCUCCACACUGCACUGCUUAGAUAUGCUGAACACCAGUAUUGUACAUGUAUGUAGAAUAAUUGAAAGAAUAAGAUCUGCUAUAUGCUUUUUUGUCUCAAUUGUUUUUUAUUUAUUUGUUUUACAUUCUGUUCAUCUGAAUAAGAGUUGUUCACAAUCGGUAUAGAACCAGUAUAAAUUGUCUCACAGUUCUGCUGUGUUUAAUAAAAAGCUGUCAACUGCUGAUUUUUGUUUAUGUGUAUUUAUACUUGUUUUCAAUCACAUUUCUCUGUAUAACUGCUGAAAGUUAAUAACCUGGAUGUUUAUGCCUGUAUCCUUAAGUUUUUAUGAAUCUGUCUACACGAUUCAUUAUGUCUGUCUGUCUGUGUAUGAGUUCAUUUAUGUGUUCUUUUACAAAUACCAUCAUACUUCACACAUUCACUCUUACUUGAAUGGAUUGCAUCAUCUCUAUAAUCAAAAUAUUUUAUCACAAAAGAUCAUUUUAAGCUGACAUUUUGUCUGGACCAUAUACAUAUACAUGUACGUUAAUGUAAAAAAGAAAAAUAGAGUGAUACAUACUACACUAAUUUAUUGCUCUUGUUCACAUUUGCUGUGACAUGACCAUGGAUUUCAAGGUCAAUUGUUUCUUCUCUUUUUGUACAUAGACUGCAAUGCCUUAAAAUAAUUAUAAUGAAUGAGAAGGGAAUUUUGUGUUCUUCAUUUGAUGACAACUUUUUUUAUCUCCAACAUUUAUUCUACAUUUAAUUUAUAGGUAGAUCUCAGAUCUUUUUUUUAGAAGGGUCUAAACAGUUGGAGCCAAUAUUACCGUAUAUUUUCGCCUAUAAGUCAGCUUUUUGGGAGUUAAACUUUGGUCCAAAUCUCUUUAUCCGACUUAUACGCGAGUUAUAACAAGAUUGGUAUUUUAGCAGGUCAAUUCCUCUAAUUUAAGCUUAAAAAAUACAACUGACUUAUUGGCGGACCAACUUGCAGGCGAGUAUAUACAGUGAAUAAAUGCAAGGUUUUUAUGUUUAAAUAAUAAUAAAAUUGAAAGAUUUUUGCACCUUAAUAAAUACACUCUAGUGUUUGAUGGUUACCAUUCCAACAGCCAAUGUAUACUGAAUAUUGCUAUGUUAUCAGCUGUACAGUCAGUGUUUAACUGACCAUGCUUAUGUCUACUCAACAGAACCAUCACUUCAUUUGACUUCAUUCAACUGAGCGUUUUUUUUUUUUCUGUAACUUCUAACCUGGUUUAUUGUUUACAUGUAUGUAUGGAAGCUGACUAUCCAUUUUGCCAGAAUCCCAUUUGUAAUCACCAAUGUACAUUGUAAUGUAGGCAUCCUAUACUGAUAUGCUAUAUGCUGGUCAUCUAGCAGUGAAAUUCAGAAUUGUUUCCAGUCAUUUAGUGACUAAUGCAUUAUAUAAACAGAAUUCAUUUUUGUACACUAACAAGUUGAUGGUUGAUAGAUUCAAGUAAUGAAUCAGUCUGUGCGCUUGUUGAAGAAGAGCAACUUUUUGAAGAUUAAUAUAAUAAAUAUGCAUGUAUUUGUAUGCCACUUUAUCAUGCCAAUGAUCAAUAGAAAAAUUUCUAAGACCUCUCAGUUCUUUAGGCUCAUAUUAAUAUUCUGUAUGUAUAAGAAAUUGAUUGAAAUGAUAAAUUAGAAAUGUAGAAUAGUGAAUAGUAUGUAUGGUGUAUUGAGGAAAGGAUUUUUUUGUCAAUUUUUUAAAGAUUUGAUUUUCAGCACAUCAUAUAUAUUCAGAGCUUACUACGUGUAUAUUGAAUGUUUGUAAAAUUAAGAUAACUUUAAAAAUAUUUUCUUUUGAAAACAUUUAACAGGGUUUGUUUGUAUGGAUAGAAAAUACAUCAUUUUUCAUCAUGACUCAAUCAUUAAUUGAUUAAAAUGUACAUUGGUAUUAAUAAUAAUGAUUACAUCAUAAAACCAACCAGAAUACAUUCUGUUUGUUGUAUCAAUUAACUUCAACUUGCUAGGAUUAUGCUCUUAAGAUCUUUUGUAUUCUAUACACAUUUUUUUAUUAGUUAAAUAACUAAAUGAUACCAAAUGCUUACAAAUUCUGUAAAUGUGUUACGUUUGGCUCUGUAUUCUAUUUAGUGCCUUUGGCAGAAAGCAGCUUCCCUUAAAUAAAGUACAUGCCGCUAAAUGCUUUGUUAAUGUACCCUUUUUAUCUAGCUUAUUCAGGAACCAACCAGUACAAAUCUACAAUAACUUGUUGAAAAAUCAGUAUCUAGCAAGUAUCCUACAUGCUUAGUAUAAUAAAUUUAUAGAAGCUUAUUUAGUUUUUUCGGAAUUUUCUCCUGUGAUAAGUAUAUACUAGUCAAUGAUUGAAUCACUUACUUGUAUCUGAAAUUAAAUUUGAAAUCAGCAUUGAAAGACACUUUCAAUGAUACUUUAAUAUUUAUUUGGAAUUAAAAAAAAAGAAAAUAGAUUAGUUCUCAAUUUAUUGUUAAAAAAAAAGACAGAUUAAAAACUAGUCAUGAAACUUACCUGGUAACUAUGGAAGCCUGAAGAGCACCAGGUUCCUAGAAUUACUGUUACUUGUUGAUUAAUAUAUACAAAUCUGAAAUCCAGGUACUAUUCUUGAUUUUAGAAUUGAUCAAGUUACUUGUUCAUACUUAGCUUUUUUUCUAUUAUGAUGUAUUAUGCUUAAUUGAUGGUGUUUGAACUUGUAUCAGAUUUUACAAGUUGUAACAUGUAUAAAUUAGUCUCGAACAACCAAGCUCUUCUGGCCGCAACUUAACUAAUGUCUCAUCUCUUUGAUGUACAGUAAGUCAUGGUCAGGAUAGUCCAAUUGAUCGUGACUAGUUAUAAACAUGUUCUAAAUAAAAUCUAUCAACAUGGCAGACUGUAUUGCAUGAAGAUUUGGCAGAGAGAAUGUACUCACAAUGUGUUAUUUUAUAAUUAAUUGAAACAUUAAAAUGUUUUUAAUCAUC